AGGAAACCAGUGUGAAGAGAUACAGAUGCAUGCUAUGAUAUUUAUUUUGUUGCAUUUGGAUGUUAUCAGUAAAAAAGGAUGGAUGGUUGAAUAGUAUCGUGAAGGGUGUUGGUUAUGAACUGUACGUCAUGUGUCCUCUGUACCAGUCAUGCGUAAUCUUGUGCUCAGUGUUGGUUAAACACGGACCGCACACACCGGUGAGGAAUAAAUGUCAAAGCAACCCGCCUUUUUUCCAUAAGACCGCAAACUUUUGUAGUUAUUAAGUCUUUCAUGGCAUCUAUCGUUGUCCGCAUCUCGGAUGGACGGCCAGCAUCACUUGCUCCAGCUGUUGGGCAGCGCGUGUGAUUUAUUCCAUGAGCUCCUGGGACGCUUCUGUUCGGUAUCUGAUCGCGUCGCGCGGACAAGUGGUAUGGUUUUCAGCUUAGUUUUUGCGUUGUCCUGAAACGGAAUCGCGUGUGUUGUGAGCGAUAUGAAAAUUACAUUCGGUUUCGUGGUAGUCGGCGGGGGCUUAACGGGUGUCCUCAGUUUCAUCUCUUUGGCGCUUGCCAUCGGAACCGAAUACUGGUACAUCAUCGAGGACAAGCGCGCGAACCACACCGACCCGGAGCGCACUAACUCUGGACUUUGGGGAGUUACAGAUGAUGUACAAAGUCAUGCAGAAGACACUGGAUUUUCAGACUCUGAAAGGCAGAUGGAAAUCAUGCAUAGCGUGAUUGCAAUCUUGCUGCCCUUGAGUCUGGUGAUGCUGGUGUUUGGAGGUAUCUGUGGACUCGUCAGUUCCCUGGCCAGAAGCCGGACGCUCCUGAUUGGAUCCGCCUCGUAUUUCCUCUUCUGCAGUCUUCUCACUCUCUCUGGGGUGAGUCUGUACAUCAGGUACUCUCAGAAGGCUCUGGAAGAAACUGAAAGGCAGAUGGGUCGUGAGCAAAUGGCUCAAGUGCACACAUCAUUCGGCUGGUCUAUGGGCAUGGCCUGGAUCUCCUUUCUUCUGGAGGUGAUCACUGGUCUUCUCCUACUGCUGGCUGCCAGGCUGGUGUCCUCAACCCAGUAUGAAGAGUCCGUCGCCCCCAUAUAGAGACUCACCACCUCCCUGAACCAUACAUGUACAUUUCAGGCAAGGCAGUCAGAACUUGUCAAGGUAAGGCCUUCUUUCUGUCUUAUAUCAUUAGCAAAUGUACAUUUAGUGAUUCAAAGUCUGGAAGCAUCUAUUCAUAUACACGAUGAUUGUUUCAAGUCAAAUACAUAAAAUAACACAAAUGGAAAUAAAUUACAAUGGUAAGAAAAAAAUUCUAAAUUAGUUGCACACACCAAAGACCAUGAAAAACAUUUCUUUUGACAAGUAAUGUAGAUAUGGACAACCAAAUUGCCCUUUGUAAUAUGCAAAAAAUAUAUCAGAUAAGGAUAUUAGAACUAUUAAGUACAUUUCAUUUAAUUAUUUGUUACUGUUAGGGGUCAUUCUGUUUUAUAGCAUAUAGACCAAGUCAAAGGCCAACUGUCUGGCUCAUUUUCAUAUGUUUUGUUGUAUUGCUAGUAAAUUUCAUGUGUUUUUGUGCCUCCGUAAUUUAUUGUCUUUUAUGCUGGGCCUUUGUUUUUCUUGUGCUUGUUAUUAUGCUUGGUUUUACAUUAUGAGCAUGUAACAGGAAGCGUGAUCUAAUUGUAUAUGUUUUACAGUCAUUGUUCGUUAAAUAUAUGUAGUUUAUGAAAAGGCUUUUUUGAGCUAAAUUAAUUUGAAUUUUGCAAUUUAAUUUGUUUUAUAUUUGAUAUCUUCUUUGAUGUUGUGUACUUAGACUUCCGAAACUUAACAUUUCAUGAUUGCGUGCUUUGAAUUUUUAAAACUUUGAUCUUUUCAUUUAGUCAUGCUGUAGCUCUUAGAAAAUAUUUGCUAAGAUGGAUCUUACAUUUCUAUCCAUCACACCAAAACAAGCAGAUUUCAUUUGCAAUGCCAAGAGACAUCUCACAGUCCCUGAGAAGCUGUAUCUUGUGAAUGCUGUUGUUCUUAAAUUACUGUUAAAUUACUGUCUUCUCGUUAAAAUGUAUAAACAUUUAGUGCUUUGCACUUUAGCUUGAUUAGUAGCUGCUGUUGUUUGUUAACUCUAGUUGUUAUAUUGUCAUUUUUUAUUAUUCUGGUUUUGUUUUAUGCAAUAGUGCGGAACAUAUUGUUUUUAAAUAUUCGCUAAGAUUAAAGCUUAACUGAAUUGUCUGUA